AUGGCUGCUACUAUCAACGCAAUCCGAACUGCUGUUUUGAACGACGGCAUCGCAAUUCCUAUUAUUGGAUUUGGAGCUGGUACAAAGUGGUCCAACAGAACAAACAGCACUGAGCUCAAUCGUCCUUUGAUUGAGUCGGUUAACAAUGCCACAAAGCUUGGAUAUAAUCAUCUCGACGGCGCAGAGGUUUAUGGUACCGAAACAGAAUUGGGCCAAGCGAUCCAGGAGAGCGGAUUGUCUCGAGAUAAGCUCUUUGUAACCACGAAGGUGAUUGUCAACAUCGCCGAUAUCGGAAAAGCCAUCGACGAGAGCUUGAAGAAGUUGAAGCUGGAUUAUGUGGACUUGUAUCUCAUUCAUUCUCCGUUCUUCGCAAAGGACGAUGCUGAGCUCCAAGCUGCCUGGGCUUCCAUGGAGAAGGUCAAAGCGUCUGGAAAAGCCCGGUCGAUUGGCGUGUCCAACUUCCUGCAAAGUCAUUUGGAAACCAUUCUCAAGACUGCCACUGUCAUUCCGUCAGUGAACCAGAUUGAGUUGCACCCAUAUCUCCAGCAUGGGAACCUUCUUCCCUUCCACGAGAGCAAGGGAAUCAAGACAGUCAGCUAUGGACCUCUGACUCCACUUCUUCGCGCUCCAGGAGGACCCGUAGAUCCUCUACUCUCUCAAUUGGCCACCAAAUACGCAGUCAGCGAGAGUGAGAUUCUUCUGCGUUGGACGAUUGACCGCGGCGCAGUGGCGAUCACCACCAGUAGCAAGGAAUCCCGUCUGACCAACUACCUUCGCGCCUUGACUUUCGAAUUGACUCCCAAGGAGGUGGAAGAGAUUUCCGAGCUGGGACAGCAGAAGCAUUAUCGUGCGUUCUGGACAGAUAAAUUUGCUGCUGAUGAUCGUUCCUAA